UUUGUUUUGGUUUCUUAUGCCGCGUCUCUGGAUGAGGCAAAAGUUGAGCGAAAAAUAGUGUUUUUGCGGUUGUUUUGCAGAAAUUCCACGAGUGAUUCAUGGUGAAAUGGCAUCAGUGAAGACUGAGCGUGACACUGAAGAUGCAGAUGAUUGUGAAGAGGUGUAUUUGUACCUUGAUUUCAACUCAAUUCCCCUGACCGAUGAACUCAAUGAGCCUAACCUCACACUCAAGAUUGUGGGCAUUGAAAGUGAAAAUCCAGUCGUGCAGAUAAAUAAUAAAUUUUUCCAAGGAGAGUAUGAGGACACGGUUGGCACACACUUGUUCUUCGAGGAAGAUCCCGACCAUCAUGAGCAACAGGAUCCGCUGUACAGCAGGAACCCGAGGACAAUGUUCAAGUACGUGAACAAGAGCAACAAAGCGCUGAUGAUGCGGAGAAUUUUCCUGGAGUCGCGAGAGAGUGAGAAUACGUCCAGCGAUGCGAUUCCGGUUGAGAAUUCAGCAAAAUAUCAAGUGACAAUGACUUAUCAAGACACUCUUUGUCAGCUUCUCAAGCCCGGACAGAUUCCGCCAAAUGUGCUCAGCGACUGUCUGGAUGCCAAGAUAAAGUCCACACAGGAAGAGACUGAGGAGCAUCAGGAUCUGGAGUCCCUGGAGGACAGGAAGCAUAAUCCUUUAUAGACUCUUUUGUCAUGGAAUACACGCUCGAGGAGCUCAUUCAUAUCCCGGAGAAGACUGUGUUAUCGGAAUUUCAUAAAUAAUUCAAGCAAUUGUGACAUGAUUGCAUCGCCAGCGGGCAAAAAGGGCGACCGGGAAAAAUCAA